CCGCCACCCGCGCCCCCUGCCCGGUGUCCCCCGCGGUACCCCGCUGUGCCCCCCGCGCCAGCCCGAGGGGGGACUGCGGCUCCCUGCGCCCCCCGAGCCCGGCCUGACGAAGGGCCAUGCCCCAGCGCCGUGAGCAGCCCCGCGCUGGUGCCCCAGGAGCUGCAGCCCGGCCCGGCCAUGGACAGCUCAGAGCUGGAGUCGGACAUCCUGCGGCGGGUGCGGGCGCUGCUGCGGGAGCUGGACGGGCACCACCCCUCCUGCCAGAGCGACCGAGGAAUGCUGCGCUGGACCCUGCACAAGAGAAUGGACCAGAACCCCAGGACCAGCUGUGUCCUGGUCAGCAUCCUGGUGAAGGAGCUGGAGAGGGCAGAGCGAGGGGACCUGCGGCACUACAUCAUCCCCCUGCUGCACACGCUGAUGUACACCUUGAUCCAGGCUCCCUGCAUCCCUGACGAGCUCUGUGCCAGGGUUUAUGACUUCUGCAAGAGGCUGCUGACCCUGCCCAAGCCCUUCUGCACCAUCGGGCUGGACUAUGCCAGCAGGCUGCAGCUGGAGAGGGCAGCCCCAGGGACCCUGUACCAGAGGACGGUCAUCUCCGAGCAGAGCCUGCCCAGCGCCGCCUUCCCCUGCCAGGACAGGAUUUUCAUCUUCGCUGACCCCGAGCUGCUGCCCGAAGCCAUCUGCAGGGCUCUGGCCAUGGACACCCAGGCUGCCCAGGUGUCCCAGAGCCCGCGGGGCUGCAUGAGCUGCGUGGUCACCCACGCCCUGCAGGCGGCCCUGGGGGACACCUGCGACACCGCCGGCCUCAGGGCCCGCCUCCAGGCCCUGCCCCCGGGGGAUGUGGAGCACUGGUUCCAGCAGGUGGUGGCGGCCGUGGAGGGCAGCGAGGGGGGCUCGGACCGGGGCCAGCGCACGGCGCGGCUGGAGAGGAUCUACCACAGCCUCCUGGGCUCCUCGCCCAAAGGGAAUGCUCCCCAGGAAGGGCUGCAGGGCACCCCUCUGCCCAGCCCCAACAUCAGCUUCCACCUGUGGACAGAAGAUGAGCAGCUCUGGAAGGAGCUGGUGCUGUUCCUGCGGCCGCUGUCGCAGAGCUGCGAGCCCGAGGGCCUGGGGCAGGAGCUGGAGCCCAUGGAGAUGCCGGACUCGCUGCCAGACUGCGGCUGCUGCGGCCAGAGCCGCUUCUCGGUGCUGUCCACGGACAGCGGCAUCGAGCGGGACCUGCCCGCGCCGGAGGAGCCCUGCGAGCGCUCCCGGCUGCACAGGAAGGGCGGCAUCAAGAAGAAGCCGUCGCCGCUGGACAGCGUGGCCCUGCUGCAGGCUGGCGGCGGGAAGGGCCCCGGGAAGGCCCUCGGGAGGGCGGGGAUGGCCCCCGAGCCCCCGGCCCCGCUGCAGAGGCUGCACAGCGCCCGCGUGGUGCUGCUGGGGGACGAUCGCAUCCUGGGCCGCCUGGCACAAGCCUUCCACUCGCUCAGGAAGCGGGAGGCCCGCCGAGUGUUCCUGACGCCCAGGCUGGACCUGCAGUUCUACCACAUCCCCGUGGUGCCGGCACAGCCCCAGCCCUCGGCUGCUGAGCACGCUGGCCCCGAGGAGCUGUGCGAGGUGGCCAGGUACCUGGGCAGGGCUGACCCCUGGUACGAGAGCAACAUCAACACCCUGUGCCACAUGAUCCCCAAGCUGGCCACCAUGCCCAGCAGGGCCCUGGUGACCGACCUGUUCCUCACCGACGUCAUCGCCUACUACGCCCGCAUGGGCACGCAGCCCGUCUGCUUCCAGGUGCACUCUGUCAAGGUGCUGUUCCAGGACCCAGCCCAGGACCCAGCUGAGGACGUGUUCCUGACGGAGCUGCUGACGCAGGUGCAGGACAGCCCCUCUCCCAGAGAGCUGAGCACGACCAAGAGGAAAAGCACCCUGGAUGGGCCUGGCAUGGACCUCACAGUGACCUACAGGAGGGUUGUGCUCAGCGAGCGGCAGAAGGAGCUGGCGCUGUCCCUGCGCUCCUCGGGCCUGCUGAUGAAAGCCAUCCCCGCUGAGGAGGCUGCAGGCCCGGGCUGCCUCACUGUGACCAUCACUGAAAUCAUCAGGACCAGCAACUUGGCAGGACGCUCAUUCUCAGCUGUGGCACACAGGUUCAGAACUCGCAGCAUCAAGGUCAGGAGCGCAGAGCAGAGACCCUUCACAGUGCGGCUGGACAAGGACAGCAGGAGAACCUACAGGGACGUGAUCGGCCUGGAGGUGUCUCCCUGCCUCGAGCCCAGCUACUGCCUGCAGAAGACGAGGACCACGAAAUGCAGCCCUGAGGAAACAGAAGACGUGGGGCUGGUGAAAUACCUGCCCAAGUCUCUGCUGCUGCCCAUCAACACUUUCGCAGGAGUCAUCCCGUGAAGGAGAUGGGAAAAGGUGCUGGGAGCUACGACCUGGGGCCAGCACAGAGCACACGGGGAGAGAAAACUCUCUGAAAGCCACCAGUGGGGACUUUACAUGGCAAUGGUGAGGAGAGCAGAGGAGGAUGGGCUCAGAGGGCACAGCCCUGCCCUGUGACAG